AACCCUCACCAUUGCGGGGGUGGCCCACAAAAAAAGGCCUGCUCAGAGAAUCUUCAAAGAGCUUUACUAGUGUUGCAAAGAGGAGACAACACUAAAAUAUCAGGAAGAGUGUGGAAAGCAUAAGAAGCUGUGACCACAGAGCAUAAUCAACAUUCAAAAUCCUAGUACAUAAAGGAACACAAGAAUGAAAUUCAGGAAAACAAAAGAUGAAGAACCCACUGCUCCUGGGCAAGUGAAAAUCAAGAGAAGGUCCAGAGUCCCAGGAGUAAUGAUCACACAAUAUGUUGAGGAGCUUCCAGAAGGAAAGACCACACCUGACUUCACCCGCAAGCCAAUUGCUCUUACAAUCCAAGAGGGUAAACUAGCUAUUUUCAGGGCCAUAAUUACAGGCGAUCCAACACCAACUGUGACCUGGAGAAGAAAUAAUGGCAACACUGAUGACCCUGAAAAGUAUCAAGUCAUUUUUGACCCAAAUUCCAAUGAGCACCAACUCCAGAUGCCAAAUGUAGAUCCAGAUCAAGCUGAUACGUAUAAGUGCUAUGCAGUCAAUGAAUUUGGAAAAGCUGUUGUAACUGCAGCACUCAAUAUCAUCGAAGUUGGAUUCAAGAAAAGCAAAGCACUGCAACAAGCCAGAACAGCACAACGAGAAAUGCCAGCACCACACCUUCUAAAGACAAGGGCUGAGCGACCUAAAGAAGAGAAGAAGGAAGGGGAGCCAGACGAGAAGUUUUGGGAGCUUUUACUUAGCGCUAGCAAAAAUGACUAUGAGCGCAUCUGUGCUGAGUAUGGAAUCACAGAUUUCCGUUGGAUGCUGAAGAAACUCAACGAGAAGAAGAAGGAAAGGGAAGAGGAACAAGCACAGGUUGUAAGUUAUGUGGCCAACCUGAAACCAAUUCAAGUCAAAUCAGAGGGAAGCGCGGAAUUUGAAUUUGAAAUGGACCUCAAGGACCCUACUUCAAGAAUCUUUCUUUACAAAGAUGGGGAAAUGGUUCCUUUUAGCAUAGACGACGAGGAGAAACAUUCUUUAAAACAGAUAGGAAAGAAAUUUGUGUUUUCAGUUAAAGACCUUUUGCCAGAGGAUGCUGGGUUAUACCAGGUGGAUGUGGAAGGUGUCAACAUCUUCUCAACAGAUUUUAAAGUUCCAGCAGUGGAGUUCUUAGUGAAGAUUCAAGAAGUGAAGGCCACAGAGAGAGAGGAUGCUGUCUUUGAAUGUGUUUUAUCUCAACCACUGGAAAAGAUCUCCUGGUUUGGGAAGACUGUGCCCCUGACACAGAGCGAGAAGUAUGACAUCCAAGUAUCUGAGGACAAACUCAUCCACAGACUGGUGGUAAAAGACUGUCUGCAACUAGACAAGGGCAUCUAUGCAGCUGUUGCUGGAAUCAAGUCCUGCAAUGCAUGGCUUGUAGUAGAAGCUGACAAAGAACCAAGUACGCAUGGCAAGAAGAAAGCUCGUAAAACCACCACUGCUGGUGGUAGUGGAGUUGACCUGGCAAAAAUCGCAGCAGAACAAAAUGCCAAGAUCCAGACUGAGAGAGCAGAGAUAGUAGAGAAGGUGAAACAGGCACAAGCAGAGAAAGAGGUGGCUGCACCUAAACAAGAACCGACUCCAAAACCAACUGAGGAACCAACUCCUGAAGUAGUUGAAGAAACUCCUCCUGCUCCAGAAGAACCAAAACCAGCCAAGGUCCCAGCUCCAGACAAACCUAAAAAGAUUGUGAAAAAACCUGCAGCCCCUAAACCAAAGCCUGUGGUGGUAGAGAGCACUGAAGUUAAAGCUGAAGGAGAAUUAGUUGAAGAAGAAAUUGAAGUCGUAGAAGAGCCUAUCAUAAUUGAAGAGGAACCUUCAACUGAGGGUGACGGUGAGAAAAAGAAGAGGGUCAGGACAGGCCCACUGGUCCCUGAUACAGUCAUCGAUCCUGGUGUCCACUUCACCUCUGGACUAUCAGACGUCAGUGCUAUUAUGGGUCAGUCAGCAGAGUUAGUCUGUAAGCUGAGCAGUGAAAACUGUGAUGGAGUAUGGUACAAAGACGGGAAAGAGUUAAUGUCAGAGGAAGGAUUGGCUAUAAUUAAAGAUGGAACUUAUCACAAACUGGUCAUUAGUAAGUGCAAAGAGGAAGAUGCAGGAAAAUACCGUUUUGAGGCAGACGGACGUAAAACUGAGGCUAUGGUGAUUGUUGAAGAUCCUCCUAGGAUUGAUCCAGAUGAACUGGCUAAGUUCUCAGAGCCAGUGAUCAUAAAAGCAGGUCAGAAUGCCACCUUCAAGCUGGACUUUGUGGGCCGAGAGCCAAUGAAGAUCCAAUGGUACAGUGAAGGCGAGGAACUCUUGAACGACAAAAACAUAAAACUAGAAAAAUCAUCCUCUCAGAGUUGUCUGCUUCUCAACAAGUGCCAGCGGAAACAAACAGGAGAGAUUAAAAUCAAGUUAAAAAAUGAGUUUGGAACAAUUGAAGCCCUAUCCAAGCUUAUUGUCACUGAUAAGCCUACACCGCCUCAGAGUCCUGUUGAGAUAGUUGAAGCCUCAGCUCAUUGUGUGGAGAUAAAGUGGCGCGCACCAAAGGAUGACGGAGGCUCCCCUGUGAUAAACUACAACCUGGAGCGUCAACAGUUAGGGCGCAACACUUGGAAGAAGAUUGGUAUGAUUCCUGGUGUUCCUCACUACAAGGACACUGAUGUGGACCACGGGAGGAAAUACUGCUACCGCAUCAGGGCCAUAACUGCAGAUGGCACAAGUGAGGUAAUGGAAACGGAUGACAUCCAAGCUGGCACCAAAGCUUACCCUGGCCCUCCCUCCACGCCCAAGGUGGUUAGUGCAUUCAAGGACUGCAUCAAUCUUUCCUGGUCUCCACCAAGCAACACUGGUGGAACCAAUAUUGUGGGUUACAAUUUAGAAAAACGCAAGAGAGGCAGCAAUUUAUGGGGCCCAGUAAACCCACUAGAUGAACCCAUCAAAGCAAAAGAAUAUGGAGUGAAAGAUGUCGUCGAGGGAAUAGAAUAUGAAUUCAGAGUGUCAGCCAUUAAUUUCUCUGGCGCUGGAGAACCAAGCACCCCUUCUGAUUUCGUGUUUGCCAGAGAUCCAAAGAAACCCCCUGGAAAAGUUAUUGAUUUCAAGGUGACAGAUUCAACUUACACUUCUUUGUCCUUGGGAUGGACUAAGCCCAAAGACGAAGAAGGGGUACAGGAUGAGGCCAAAGGUUACUAUGUGGAGAUCAGGCCUGCUGAAAAUACAGAGUGGGAUCGUUGUAACUCAAAUGCAAUCACCACAACCUCCUAUACCAUCAUUGGUUUAAAGUCCAUGGCCAUGUACUGGGUCAGAGUGAUUGCAACAAAUGAGGGAGGAGAUGGAGAGCCUCAAGAUUUAGACAACUACAUUAUUGCAAUGCCACCUCCAGUGAGGCCAACUUUUACAGAUCGUAAAAUGACAAGUUUCAUGGUUGUGAGAGCUGGAAAUUCAACUCGUGUCAACAUCAACUUUAAGGCAUCACCCAUGCCAAAAAUAACUUGGUUAAAGGAUGGCAUGCCCAUAUCCAAAAAAGUUACUGUAAGCAAUGCUGAAGGCACAUCACAGCUUCUGAUUCCUUCAUCGGAACGCUUAGACACAGGAAUGUAUACCAUCAUAAUAAAAAACAUUGUUGGACAAGAAACCUUCAGCACUGAGAUUAGAGUAACAGAUGACCCCAAGCCCCCCGGCCCUGUGGAGCUAGAGCAGAAUGUCCCAGGUACUGUUACUGUGUCCUGGAUGGCAUCCCCAGAUGAGAAGCGUGAUGACAGGCUACAUUAUAUGGUGACAAAGAGAGACUCAGUCAAGCGCUCUUGGCAAACUGUGGCUGAUCGCCUCUUCAAUAAUAACUUCACUGCUGUGAAUAUCUUGCCUGGACGAGAGUACCGCUUCCGGGUGUACGCCAAAAAUGAUAUGGGAGUUUCUGACCCUUCAGAGUCUCGUAAAUGGGAGGUGGUCAAAAAGAAAGAGAAGUUUACUCUGAACAUGCCCGAAUCCAAGCCCUGCACCUUUGACGCGGCGCCAUCCUUUCUGGUCCCACUGAAGACACGAAGCAGCCCGGAGAGCUAUGAGUGCUAUAUGAGCUGUGCUGUCAGUGGAAACCCUGCACCUCAUGUCACAUGGUAUCGCAACAACAUUAGUGUCAACACGGACACCAAUUACUUAAUCUCCAACACGUGUGGGGUCUGUUCAAUGCUCAUCUUGAGAGUGGGCCCCAAGGACAACAGUGAGUACAAAGUGAUUGCGGAGAACCAACACGGCAGGGCAGAGUGCACUACCAAGCUCACAGUUCGAGAGUAAGUGAUCCGGUGCUUGAAAGACUGGAGCUGAAAACAUUAAGUGAAGCAAAGCUGAGAAAUGAUGUGCUCUUUAAUAUUGCUUUGGUUAUAUUUUUUGUGUCAUGUGAUUAGUUUUGUAAAAAACCCUAUACAUUUUACGUAGUCCUACAUAAACACCUGAAGGAAAAUGUAUGAAAUGCACCCCUUAAACCCACUGAAAUGAAAAUACAUUAUUACAACAUCUAAAAUGUGCCGACAUAUGUUAAAUAUGUGUUAUAUGCCCAA